AUGUCGAACAAGACUACAACCUAUCCCUUCCACCAGGUGGACACCUUCACCGACACCCCGUACUACGGUAAUCCUGUCGCAGUAGUCAACUGCCUCGACUCAUCUCUUUCUAUCCCCAGCCAGGAGCAGAUGCAACGCUUCGCAACAUGGACCAAUCUCUCCGAGACAACAUUCCUCCUACCUCCUUCUGAUCCCAAAGCAGACUAUCGAUUGAAGAUCUUCACUCCAGUCCAAGAGCUUCCUUUUGCAGGCCACCCAACUCUCGGCAGCUGUCACUCUUUCCUGCGUCACUUGGGCACUGCAAAGUCCUCUGCUUUGCUUGCUGAACGAGAUGGGAAGCUGACGCAGGAGUGCGGCAUCGGUUUGGUUUCGCUACAAGUCUCGCCCGACGCCAACACCGUUCGGUUUGAAGCACCCGACUUCAUUCGCCACGAGAAAGUAGACUCAACAACGAUGUCUCGUAUCAUCAAGGCCCUCUGUCUUGACCCCAACGAUAUUGUCGACGCAUAUCACAUUGACAAUGGUCCACGAUGGAUUGGCAUCAAGCUCAAGUCAGCCGCUGACGUACUCAAGAUUAACACAAACGCACCUUCCUGUGACAUUGGCAGCAUUCGAGAUCUCUUCCUCGGCUUCAUCGGGCCAUAUGAAGGUGUGAAGACUGCAGAAGGGGAAAGUAUGGCCAAUGAGGUCAGAGCAUUUGUGUUUGAGGAUAUCGGAGAGGACCCUGUGACUGGCUCGCUAAAUGCUGGAUUUGCAAAGUGGCUCGAGUCGACGGGUGAGAGUCCUGCCGAUGCAUAUACAAACUCGCAAGGCACAGCUAUGGGGAGAAAGGGUAGGAUCAGUGUUAAAAUCGAUCGAAGCAAGAAUGAAGAGAAGCCUAAGAUCUGGAUCGGCGGCUCGUGCGUCGUUUGCGUCGAUGGCGUUGUGCACCUCUAA